UAGUUUUAGUUUACACUUUUUCAUCCACAAGAUUGGGAUGGAUGAUCUCCCAAAAUUAUAUCUCAAUUCAUCAAAUACACUCCUCGCGACUAUGGCCGGUGUAGCGCCAUAAAAUACAAACCCACAUCCAAGAACCACCAUCAACAGUGGCCGCUCAACCAGAUCUGAUCUCCGCCAUGGAUUUACCUCAAUUUCUUUACCAUCAACGGGAUCAAUCCAGGUACAUCUCUCCUCCUCCUCCUCCUCCUCCUCCUCCUCCCUCCGCCCCUCUUCCUCCUCACCCUUUUUUCCCCGAAGAUCCCAGUUUCCCCUUCCCUCCCAAUCACCACCACCUUCUUCAUAAUCAUCCCGAUCAACCCCUUGAUUUCCCGCUCCCCCCACCGCCCCCCUCGUCCUACCGUCAUCAUUCCAUUCAUCCACCCCCGUCACCCCAACCUCCCCUUGCUUAUAAUCCCUCACAACCCCAUUUUGUUGUUGACACCCAUCUUCCAAUCAACGAAGACUCAUUGAGAUCUCCGCCCCGCCGUCAUGAAUUUCAGCGUUCCCCUCCGCUUUCCGGUCGGAUCUCUUUCGACGGAGGCUUUCAUCGUGAUUUUGUUGAUCUCAACCACCCGUACCAUGACAGUCGGUUUGAUGUUUCGGAUCCAUCCAGAGUCACGGUGGAUAAUCGACCACCAUUACCGCAUUCUCCUAUUGAUUUUGAUCAUAGAAUGGGUCACCGAGAAAUUGAUCACAGAUCGGGCAUCCCGUAUCCGCCACCCGAAAUGUUUAGGUAUAGUUCAGGUAAUUGUUCUAGGCGGGGAGCGGAUUACAGUGAUAGUUAUCAGCCAAAUCCAAGAGAAGAGGUGCUACGAGGACGCGGUGAGGAGAACUAUUAUCACCAUGAUCACCAUAAAGAAGAUUCCAAUGUUUCCUUUAUGGAAUGUGGAGCCUCACGGAGUCCAUUGUCUAGAGAUAAAUUUACUUCAGGAAGCUUUGAUAAACACCGGUAUGGCUCGAAUUAUGAAAAAGAAUCUUUUAGGAGUCGUAGGAAUAGUACAAUGGUGGGGAAAAAUCAGAGAUGGGUUCAUAGCAAACAGACCUUUAGGAACAUGCACAAUUCGUACUUAGAUGGAAGUAAUGAUAGAGGACAUGGUGACCGUACUGAUUUUCGAAUUUUAUCUGGAAAGCAUGGGCAUUCUAAUGCUGAAUUAGGGAAAUAUUACUAUGAUAAUAAGGGUGGUAUGGAAGGUUAUAUUGAGUACACAUCCACUCCACGGAAGCAAGUACAGAAAAAGAGUGCUUUUCUUAGAAUUCAAAUGGCAAAUCCUUGUCACAAUAACAGAGAGAGUGAGCAAUUACGUGAUUCUGAGUAUUUUGAUGAGAAGAACAGUUUCCUCAGAGGCAAAAAUCAGGUUAGAUCUUUAUGUUACAGAAUGGAUUCAGGGAAGAGGAGAGAGGGAAGUCCCAUGGAGCUAGAUGUUUCUUUUAAAUCCAAUUCGUUGGUGGCCAAGGCUAUUGUGGCACCAACACAGUCUGCUCCUAUUUCAGAUGUCGAUUCAAGGCAUGUAAAUGAGAAAACUGACUCUACUAACUCACAUUUAACUGGACAGAACAAGGAUGAUUUUGGGACAAAUUAUGUUACAAAAUUUGUCACUUGUCCCCCAGACAUUAAAAAUGAGCUGAAGGAUUUAGACGAGAAGGCUACAGGUCCGUUGGCUGGUAAUGGAUCUAAUAAUUUAACUGAUGCUUCUUCAGUUAAGGGCAGCUAUUCACUUAGAAAAAGAAACCUUGAGAGGCCUUCACAAGGAAAGGUGUCAGAUGUAGAAGGGAAGAAUGUUUCAGGAAAAGGAGCUAUGGUAAGGACCAUGAAGAAGAAAAAAGUUGUGAGGAAAGUAGCAAAGAAGGUAGUGAGUUCCCAACUGGGUUUACAGACUAGAAAAGGUGCUGAAGACCCUCCAGUGAAAGUAAGCAGUUUGACAAAUAUUCCCCCAGAUGUUACCGGGUCUGGUAAGGGUUUAGAAGUUUCAGAAAACAAGAUUUCCACAUCUGGAAAGAACUCAGACCAUGGUUUUGUAUUGAAGGCUUCCCCGACUGAUAUGUCAGGAUCAUUAGAUAAAAGAAAAGCGGAUCAAUCUGUCCUCCCUGUAGCAUCAAAAGAAUGUCAAGCCAAUACAGUCAUGGGCAUGGAAUGUGUACCUGCAGAUAAGAGUAAUAAAAACAGCUUAGGUUCUCCAUUGAAUUCCUUGACAAAAGAGGGAAGAGGAACUAGUGAUCAUCUUGAGACAAACGCUUCUUUCAUUGCCAUACCACCUCUUUUAAAUUCGAGUAAGAAUCUUCAAUUACAAAAUGGACAUAAUGAGUUUGAUUUUGGAAUCAGUAAGGGUAUCGAAGAUUCAUCGUUUGAAAGUGUAUCAGGUAAAGAGUCUAAAGCUACAAUGGUUUUUCUGGGAGGCAGUCAGUCUGGAUCAUCGAGUCCUAAUGAUCCUAAUCUUCUUGGUAGUCUUGUUAAUGAAAAUAAUUUGACUGUUAGAAUAGAUACUCCCAUGGAUUUUGACAAUGGAGUAACUCAGUUUGAAGAGAAUACUCUACUUUCUGAAACUUUUAUUGUUGAUGCAAUUUGCAAGCGGCUUUAUACAAAUAAGGUGACUGGACCUCUUGAGACUGAUGUCGUAGGAGUACCUGCAGGAAAAGUUACAAUUACAAAUCCUUUGGUGGGUGUAAAUCUAAAAGCAUCUGAGAUGCAGGUUGAUUCCUUAAGUUUGGAAGCUGAUAACAGUGACCAACAUACUAAUCGGAAUUCAGAUGAUUGUCAUCAGUGUACUAAUAUACUAGUGGAUGAGGUUUUUAACUGUGAGAGGAUUGGUAUUACGAGAGUACAGGAAUCUGUUGGUAGUAGUUCUGUUUCAUUAGGUCUUAGUUUAGAAGAAGGUUCUUUGAAAGUUAAGGAUCCAAUACUAAGUGGAGAAGGUGAGAAAUUGUUGUCUAAGGUGAGGGAACUGAAUUUUGCAGGUCCUGGUGACAUCAAUCAAGAGACUAAUUCUGAGGAUUUAUGUGUAAGUUUCAAUUCUAAAGGUCAUUGCCCUCCAGAGCAGGAUAUUUCAGGUCUUGGAAGUAUGGUGAUGUGGGAAAAUCCUACCACCUUUGGAGAGAGUGGGAUGCUCGAUUACACUUCAUUAGGUAAGUCACCAAAAAACAAAUUGUUGACGGGGUUUGACGUUGAUAGUAGAGGGACUGAUGUAUCAUUAAAGUCUCGAAAAAAACGAAAAACAUGCAUUGCUAGUCCUGUUUUGCCUUGUCGCAGUGGUGAAACUAAUGCUGCAAUUACAUUCAUUUCUAGUUUAAGUGAUCCACUAAAUUCUAAUGGUGAAUUAGUGGAAGGAAAGGAGGUUGCAUUAUCCACUGUGGAUACUCUUUUCACAGCUAGUACUGUUUCUACAGAUCGUUUAAAGGGGAUGAGCAUGGUUCUCGAUGAUAUAUCGAAAAAAGAAACUGCCACAGAGAUCAAUAUAGAAAGAAACCCCCUAGAGUGUCUCUUGAAAUAUGAGCAGCUGGAAAAAAACUCUUGUUCAAUCCAGGUCUCAACUAUCUCGAAGUGUCAGUCACUUUCUCCCUCAGCAUCAUUGGGAUAUGAGCAAGAAGUGACUGGUGCUACCAUAAUGGCCACUAAUCAAAGUGAUGAUAUGGAUGUAGUCACUGACAGAAGAAAAGAACUAAACGUUCAUGCUGCAGAACGACAAUCUAUAAUUUGUAAUAAGACUGAACAGUGGAAAAGUCCUUCAGAAGUUCCAUCCUCUCAAACCUUAGAUCGUCCAAAUCCUGAAUCAGUUAAAUCAUCUAGUAAUGUUUGCCAGGAUAAUUUGCAUCGUAUUGAAAUAUCUUUUGAUGAGAAGGGAUUCCCCGCUGCCAAUUCUGAUAGGGAAAUUAAGGGCAGCAUGUUUGAUACACGAGGUCAUUUGGGUUCUUCAGAAGCUUCUAAUGUUCCAGAAAUGCAUAAAUUAAAUUGUGAGGCAUCAUUCAGCCACACUGACUCCAAAAUGGAUUGUGCAGAUGAUGAAAAAGUGAAGAAGAAAUCUAAUGUGGAAAAUGAAUUAAAGGCAUCUACUGACACUCUGUUUUCACAGCCUUUGGCUGUUCAUAGAAAAUUAGGUUAUACCAAUGCUGUAAAUAUGUCCCCUGGCAAUGUAUUACCACAGGCUUUGGAAGCAUUAAAAAAUGGACUUCAAGCUGACAAUAAUUCUUCCAACUCAUGCAAAAAAGAACAGAAAAUGAGUUAUUACAAAUCUCAGGCUUUUCCUGCUAAAUCCUUUUCCACAUACCCUGCUUCAAAAAAUUUAACAUCUGCAGCAUAUAGCAAAAAGCCCAGAAGUUGGCAUCGAAAUGUAAAUUCUCCAUCUCCGGCUCUUGGAAAUAAGCCUUCUUUGAGCUCUAUUCCUCUCCAAGGGCAGUUACAUGGAGGAGGUGGAAUGCUUCAGAGUACUUCAUACAUUCGUAAAGGUAACAGCCUAGUUCGAAAGCUUUCUCCAGUUGCUGCACGAGUUUUGGGCUCUCAUGAUUUGAGUUCAAGCUCAUCAGAUCAACAUGAUUACUGGUCUAGCGUAAAGUCUAACAAGGUUGAGGUCGCUAACUCUUGUUUCCAUUCUAAAGCGAAGGGAACUGAUGCUAAUGUUUAUAAUCCCUAUCCUCCCCAACUAUCUAGUGAGUCCCGGUCCCCCAAUUAUUCUGUGCCUAUGGGAGAUUGUGCCCUGUCUCCUUGCCAUGAAACUGAAUCAAAUCCCAUGAAGUCUAAACAAGUUAGUGAUCUCUCAAAGUCGGUUGGGGAUUCACUGAAGAUUUUGUUAGCUCCUAAAAGUCAGGUUGUUACUGCUGAUAAGAAAGAAAAUCUGGCUGAAAUGAAAAAAACGAAUUCUGUUUCUUUAGUUGUAAAAAAGAUGGUGUAUGUGAAGCGCAAGUCAAAUCAAUUGGUUGCAACUUCAAAUCCCUGUGAUUUAUCAACUAAAAACAGGGAGACGACUUGUUCCUUGGGCUCUGAUGGUUAUUACAAGAGGAAAAAGAAUCAGCUAAUCAGGGCCCCAUCAGAAUGUCAGAUGAAGCAGACUUUACUGCCCACUGAAGAUAUUUCAAAGCCGGGAGCCCAAAGCUCUUAUGGAGAUGGAGACGCUGGAAAUUUUAAUAAGAGGCAACAAUUUAAAGCUUUAUUGGAAACACACGGGCCUUCAAAAUCUUCUUUGGUAUGGACACUUUGCAGUUCAGUUGCUGCAGGAAAUGGUGCUGGCAAUUUGCAGAAUCACAAGAUGGCUCCUCGACUUUUUCCUUGGAAAAGAACAUAUUGGAAGAUGUUCAAACUAAAUGCUUCUACUCAGAGAAACAGUUCGACUAUACUGAGAAAAUUGUUGCUGUUGAGGAACAGGAACACAGUUUAUAAAAGAUCAAAACAUGGAUUUUCACUUCGAAAAUCCAAGGUACUAAGUGUUGGCAGGUCUAGUUUAAAGUGGUCAAAAUCCAUUGAAAAGCACUCAAAGAAAGCUAACGAGGAAGCUACAAGGGCAGUUGCUGAUGCAGAUAGGAAGAAAAGAGAACGUAACUGGGAUCCAUCUGUUUCCUCUGACACUCUUGGUGGAAGUCAAUUUUCUUAUGACCAAGCAUCCGGUUCUACUACUCUCCAACCAAGAAAGAGUGCUAAGAAAUUUUAUAUUCCAGCAAGACUAGUGAUUGGCAAUGAUGAAUAUGUAAAGAUCGGAAAAGGCAAUCAAUUGGUCCGAAAUCCAAAAAGAAGAGCACGCAUAUUGGCAAGUGAGAAAAUUCGAUGGAGUUUGCACACUGCAAGACAGCGGCUGGCUAAGAAGCGGAUGUACUGUCAAUUUUUCACAAGAUUUGGUAAAUGUAACAAAGAAGGUGGCAAGUGCCCUUAUAUUCACGACACUUCCAAGAUUGCAGUCUGCACAAAAUUUCUCAACGGUUUAUGUUCUAACGCAAGCUGCAAAUUGACUCAUAAGGUGAUUCCAGAAAGGAUGCCUGAUUGUUCAUACUUUCUACAGGGUUUAUGCAGCAGCAAAAAUUGUGCUUAUAGACAUGUAAAUGUUAACUCAAAGGUUCCUACUUGCGAGGCUUUCCUUAGGGGCUAUUGUGCUCUGGGAAACGAGUGCCGUAAGAAGCACAGUUAUGUGUGCCCCUUGUUGGAAGCAACAGGAACAUGCCCGGAUAGAUCAACAUGCAAACUUCACCAUCCUAAACAACAAACUAAAGGAAGGAAAAGAAAGCGAUUGGAAGGGAGGAAUAACGAUCAAGGACGCUACUUUGGUUCUACAAAUCAGGAUGUUUCUAGAUCUAGAUUGGUGGUGAGUGAUAAGCAGCUUCCUGUUAAAUCGAGUGACCCUUUUCUUGAGGAUCUGACAGAUUAUAUCAGCCUUGAUGUCGGCAGUGAUGAAGAUAUUGAAGAAAGCCAUGACUCGACAAGCCAGACUACGUCCUUUUGUCAAGGUUACCUCUCUGAGUUACUGUUAGAAGAUCCCGACGAGCUAAUCAAACCAGUUCGGGUAAUGAAUGAGAAUUUGGCUGUGCAAUAGUUGGCAAACUGAGUUGCUUGCUCCUUCCUCGUUGGGAGCAAGGUUUUGUCCAGUCUCCCACCAUUAAGGUUUAACAGAAUCACAGUUUAGUUUAGUUUUAGUUUAGUUUAGUUUUUUUUUUUCUCUUUCUUUUGUUUAGUUUAGGUUUUUAGUUCAGCUUCUUCUAGUUGCAGAAAUCUGGAUCAACUCCGUUUCUGCCAUUACUGUAAAUGGACAUUUUUAAUUCGGACUGGAAUGAAAUAAUUUUGUAUGAAAAGCUAAAAUAUUCCUUUUUAA